GAGAAGCGCACGGAAUUCAGCAGCGUCCCCGUCUUCAAGGCCUUCGGGGACGGCAACUGCGCGUUCCGUGCGGUGUUCCAGUGGGAGAAAGACCCACAGAGGGAGACCCGCUACGUCAUGACGAACGGGCUCCCGUGGACGAAAGGCGACAAGGACCCAGAGACUUUCCAAACGGCCACUAAGUUUAUCUCAUUAAUGCUGCAAGCCUGUAUUAUAAACUUAGUGAGCUUUUGGAUUGUGUCUGAAAAGGACACCGAGGAACACGGCAUCGCCUUUCUCCGCGAGCUGGCCGUGGCAGUUCUCAAGGGGCCAGCCGAGGAUGAACAUGAGCGUGCUGGGCGCCAGGCUGGUGUGGACGGGGAGUCCUGGACAACGUACGUCAAGCGUAUGUCCAGGAGCGGGCAGUGGGCCGACGAGCAAAUGCUCCGCGCCCUGUCCAAGGCGAUCGAGCACCCCAUCAUCGUCUUCGUGAAGAACUCCAACCCUGGCCACGAGGGGUUCUUCACGUGGGUCUACGGCGACCACUUCCCCACACCAGCGAUCCCGUUAUACUUCAACGGGCGGGAUCACUACGACUUGGUGGACGAGGUCUGGGCGCGCGCGCAGGGGCUGGGCCUCAAGUUCCGCAGCACGGAGGGCACGCCCAACCGAGCCAAGACGACGCACACCAUGGCGGCUCCGACAUCAAAGCCCAAGCCGCUGGAGGAGAAAAAAGAGGAGAAGAACAAGAGCAAGCAGCCCAGCCUCAAGGGCAAACGGUCCUUGGACGCAGACUUGGACCAGGCCGUGAUCACGGAGCCUCUCGUCCCUCCCUCCAAGAAGUACCCUCCGACCCGCAAGGCGCCGGACCGCACCAAGAGAUCGAAGUCCACGCACCUGGACGGCGAGAGGGAGUGGUACGUGGCGGGGGCGGUGCACGAGACUCUGGGGCCAUUGCGCUCGCCCAAGAUGUCCCCGAAGACCGCGCAGGGGUAUUUCAACCAGUUCAUGCUGCUGGUCAAGUGGACUGACGACCACGACCUCGUCAGGGGCAAGUGGACAGACCACGAGCUCAAGACGUCGCGGAAGGCCUCGCGGGACAAGGUGGUGGAGUACAUGGAGAUUGGCAAUCUGGAGGCGUACUUCCACCACCUGGCAACCACGCCGCUCUCCAAUAAAGCUGGGGCGAAGAGCGCAGUCUCCAAAGCGUGGCUGGACUGCGUCAAGCGGUUCAUGAACUCGCUCGCCCACAGCUUCGUCCGCCCCACGAUGAACAAGGACGACUUCGGGGUGUACAUGCGGCGCCUGGGG